AUGAGAGAAAUCAAAAUACCCAAAGGAUUUAAUUCAGAAUGUUAGCAUUAAGUUGGAAUUACAAUUAAAUCUUUUGAUAAACUUACUUCUUGUUUAUUUUAUAAGUUUUGUGGAUUAGAAGAUAAAAUUAAUUAACUCAAGCACUAUUAAAUUUUAUAAGGACUUUAUUCUUUUGUUAAAUUUGAUGAACUUAGGAAGCACACUAAAACAAUAUAAUUGCUUAUUUGA